AGGGGAUAUUCGUGUGAAAAUGUUUUGGGUUGAAUGAUUUAUCCCAAAGUAUCCUCCAAAGUCCAAACCGAGAAGGGAUUUGGUCGUCGCAGUAGGGUUCUUCCUUUUUCAAAUAAUUUCUUCCUUUUCAUCACAUCUCCUCUUAAUUCUUAUUCAUCUCUUGAAAUUUUUUUUUUCUGCUCAUGUACGUCCGAUCCAAUAUUUUUCGUGCUCCAAUUUUUUCCUCUGCCGGGAACAGUUACAUCCUAUUGAUGCAGUUUUGAUUCCUACAGAGCCUUUGGAGUUUAUUUGGUAUUAUUCCCUUUAAUUUAUCGAGCGUUUUUCUCAAAUCUCUUGUAAGGAGAAAACUUGCUUGAAGAAGAUCUUUCAGCAUCAAAAAAUGAUGCAUUCAGGCUGCAAACGACUACUUCUGCCGCUUCUAUUCUUAUUCUUCGUUGUAUUCGUUGGGAACACCGCCGGCGCAGAUUCUCAAUGGGAGGUUUCACAUAAAGUUAGAGCUUCACCCCAUGAAAACAUGGGACGGAAUGUUAUUGACGGAAGUGGUGUAGAGAAAACCUUACAUGACAUAGGAAUGGGUGACAAGAGAGGCAGUCACAGCAAAGUUUCUGUCUCCACUGUUGCCUUGUUCACCUUGGCAAUGGCUGCUGCCACUGGGUUAGGUGCAGUGCCCUUCUUCUUUGUUGAACUUGAUCCUCAAUGGGCUGGAAUAUGCAAUGGCAUGGCGGCUGGUGUUAUGUUGGCUGCUAGCUUUGAUCUUGUAAAGGAAGGGCAGGAGCAUGGCUCUGGUAACUGGGUUGUUAUUGGGAUUCUAGCCGGUGCUUUGUUCAUCUGGCUCUGCAAGAAGAUUCUUGAACAAUAUGGUGAAGUUAGCAUGCUGGAUAUUAAAGGUGCAGAUGCAACUAAAGUUGUUCUCGUCAUAGGAAUUAUGACACUUCAUUCUUUUGGGGAAGGAUCUGGGGUUGGUGUAUCGUUCGCUGGUUCAAAGGGUUUUAGUCAAGGGCUUCUGGUCACUUUGGCCAUAGCUGUCCAUAACAUUCCAGAAGGGUUGGCUGUUAGCAUGGUGCUGGCAUCAAGGGGUGUUUCUCCACAAAAUGCCAUGCUCUGGAGUAUAAUAACAUCCUUACCUCAGCCUAUCGUCGCUGUGCCAGCUUUUUUAUGCGCUGAUGCGUUUAGCAAGUUUUUGCCUUUUUGCACUGGAUUUGCUGCCGGAUGCAUGAUUUGGAUGGUUAUUGCUGAAGUGCUUCCUGAUGCAUUUAAGGAAGCGUCUCCGUCGCAAGUGGCAUCUGCAGCCACAAUAUCAGUAGCUUCCAUGGAAGCUCUUAGCACUCUUUUCGAGAGUUUCACACAUGAUUACAACUCAGAGGAUGCCUCUGGCUUCUUCGUUUCACUCCUCUUUGGUCUGGGUCCAUUGCUUGGGGGUGUAUUUCUGGUUGCAUCGGCAGUCACCUUCCGCCUCCAGCACGCCCUUCUCAUGGGAGUAGCCUCAGGCAUUGCUUUUGUCCUUGGUCUUUGGCGUCCGCUUCAACUACUGGUAUCCGCAAAAAUGGGAUUCAUCCCUCUGCUUAGUCUACUUGCAGUUGGAGCUGGACUGAGCCAUUUCAUUAGCUCGAGCAUCCUGAAUGUAACUUGUCGAAAAAAGUCCGGGGCAGGCAGUUUAAUAAACCCUGUAACCAAUUUUCCAACCAGUGUGAUAACACUCCAAUCAUUAUUAGCAUGUGGAGCGGUUGGGUUCCAUGCACUAGCCGAGGGGCUUGCUCUUGGGGUAGCUGCUCCAAAUGCUUAUGGACUUGGCAGACACAUGGUUCUCCCGGUUUCCCUACACGGGCUUCCUAGAGGGACAGCGGUUGCAAGCUGUGUCUUUGGGGCUACUGACAGUUGGCACGCAGCUCUUGCAGCAGCUGCUUUAAUAGGAUUUGUUGGACCCAUAUCAGCCAUAGGAUCCAUAUUAGCCGGGAUAGAUUACAGUGGACUGGACCACGUAAUGGUGGUGGCAUGCGGUGGAUUACUGCCCAGCUUCUGGCAGGUGAUUAAGAGAGCGGUGAGGUUAGAGAGAAGGAAAGGCAGUGUGGGGAUGGUGCUGGGACUAGCGUGUGCUGUUGUGUGUCUGACUUUCACGAGACUCGUGUGCUUGCACACGCCCUACUGCAAUUCUGCACCUGAGGCUGUUAGAUGAUGAUUCCUUGUGAACACACACACACACACUCUCUCUUUCAUUCCAUGUUGUUGUAAGAUAUGUACUUCAUACUCUGGUUUAACUUGUGUCAAUAGAAACUUGUUGGAUGGUAGGUUGAAUGGAAAAGAGAGUGUCUUGUACUGUUAACCUAAAUAUAUAUGUUUGGAUUGAGAUAAAGUAGAUGGGGGCUUUCUUUAGCUCUAAUCUACUGGAAUGUAACAACACUUUUGACCAUAGAUUGCUUAUUUUAUUUUUCUU